AUGUCUGCAUCCAACUCCCAGACUACAGACGCUGUCACCGACAAGAAGAUGAAGGACCAUGAAGCCACCCAUAAUCGCACCACGCCCGUCGAAACGCUGCAAACCGGCGAUGUGGAGAAUUUGAAGCUCCCUUUCAUGGGUCAGGUAGAUCGGUUUGGAGCCCACGCGAAGACAGACCCUCGUGAGAUUAAACUCGUUAAAAAACUAGAUUGGUACAUCAUGCCUAUACUAUGGUUCAUGUACACUUUCAACUAUCUUGACCGCAAUGCCAUCGUCAACGCGAGACUCAAUAACCUUGAGGCAGACCUCGGCUUGAAGGGAACGCAGUACAAUACCUGUGUGUCUAUUCUGUUUGUCGGAUACAUAGCUGCCCAGGUUCCGUGCAAUAUGUUGUUGAACAGAUUCAGGAUCUCACUCGUCAUGGCAGGUUUUGGCUUUGCUUGGUCGCUUGUUAGUCUUUUGACGUUCCUGGCAUACAAUUACAGCAGCAUGAUGGUGCUUCGCUUCAUCCUCGGCGUCGUCGAGGCUCCGUUCUACCCUGGAGCGCUCUAUAUCAUCAGUUUGUUCUAUACACGCAAGGAAAUCGCGCUCAGACUUGCCAUUCUGACCACGGGCAAUAACUUCUCCGGCUCGUUCGCAGGACUCAUCGCAGCUGGUGUCUUUCAGCUGGACAAGAAGCUCGGAUUGGCUGGUUGGCAGUGGCUGUUCAUCAUUCAGGGUGCUUUUUCUGCCCUAACCGCGCUGAUGGCCUUUUGGUUCCUACCCGAUGACCCCUUGACCACCAAAUGGCUGACCGAGGAGGAGAGACAACUAGCCCACAACCGAAUCCACAUCGACAUCACCGACGUCCAGGAAAGCACCAGUGUCUGGUCCGGUUUGCGAGACGCGGCUACUGACUGGCGGACCUGGGCCAUGACGCUCAUGUACAAUCUGCACGUUUCCUCCCUUGGGUUUCAGAACUUCAUCCCCACAGUCAUGUUGGGCCUCGGGUACAGCAGGACCGUUACACUGGCUUUGACCUGUCCGCCUUUCCUUCUCGCCGCUAUAGUGGGACUGAUCAUCGCCUGGACGUCCGGGCGCUGGAACGAGCGGACUUGGCAUAUCGUUGUAUGCAAAAGUAUUGUAAUCAUUGGAUUCAUCAUCCCUCUUACUACCAGCAACUUUGCCGCACGCCUUUUCAGCAUCUUCCUCUUUGUAGGCUUCAGUUUUGGUAUCAACAACAUCCUGCUGGGGUGGAGCAGUGCGACGCUUGGCCAGACCAACGAAAAGAAGUCGGUGGCUCUUGCCAUUAUCAACAUGCUGGGUAACAUGUCAAAUGUUUACACGCCUUACCUGUGGCCAGAGUCGGAUUCGCCUCAUUACCUGACUGCGUGGUGCGCCAGUAUUACUUUCGCGGUGGGGGUGAUCGUCGUCGCGCUGUUCAUGAAGUACUCUCUCAAGGCUCGAAACAAGAGGAUGGGUAUGAGCGAUGCGGAUGUGAGAAAUCUCUAUGUGUACUAG